CGUCCUCCCACUGCAGGCUGCGCGACGAUGAAAGAGACCAGGUGAUAUUUCACUGCUCAGAUACCGAGCAUCUUCUCCUGGGGAUGCUGAAGCGAAGCGGGCGGGGUCCUAUUCUUGCAGUGUUAUCCUUUUUUUCCCACUCGCAGCGUAAUGUGCAAGACAUCCGAGCGCGGACUGUGAGAUCUGAGGACGUUUGAAGAAACCGAAAUUCGACAAACUGGGGAAAUAUUUCCGUUUUUGUUUCACCACUCCUUUGAUCCGCCAUGGAACCAUAGUCUGUCGUUCUGGGGCAAUAUAAAAUAAACUUGAUUUCAAGAUCCAGCUUCGCGGACAUAUUUUUUUAACCCAUUGGUGGACAGUUUGGGACCACAGAGGUGUGAGGAUAGUGAACAAUUUCCCGAAUUUUGAUCUUGGAUUUGAAAAAUUAAUUAAAAGCGAUAUAGGCUAUUUUUGCUGGUUUAAUUAAACGCCAUAAUCAUGGCGUGGCCGUGCAUCUCCCGGGCUUGCUGCAUGGCCCGCUUUUGGAACCAGUUUGACAAAGCUGACAUUGCGGUGCCUUUGGUUUUCACCAAGUAUUCCGAUGUGUCCGAAAUGCAGCACCUCACUUUGCACCACCAGCAAAAGCAGCCGCCGCAUCCCCAGGCGCGGGCGAGCGCAGUCGCCAUAGAAACGCAGCCGUCCCAUAGCGACCAGGAGGCAGUAGCCAAGGCGGCGCCCGCGACGGGUACCGCUGCGCCCGACGAGUGCUCGGGCUCAUCGGUGAUGCGCCAGGACUUCAAACACUGGAAAGUACGUCCCGAGCCUAGUUGCAAACCCAAGAACGAAUAUCACGUUUCCGAGACCCCGUUUAACAACGAGACGCAGUAUCAGAAAGAUUACAAGCCGUGGCCUAUUCCGAGAAGGGGUGACCAUCCUUGGAUUCCCAAACCGAGCCCCGUGAUUUCUGCGCCCGACGACCGAGCUGCACAGAGAUCCAAGCAUGCCCAGGCGCCCGCGGAAGUCGACAGCGGGGUGGAGAAAAGCGAAAUCGCCGACAAGGUGCAAGAGAAGGAGAUUAUGUCCGGUGAGAGGAAAAAGAGACACGGAAAGAAAACUACAGAGGAGAAGGUAGUUGUAACUGCGGCGGGAAUCAAAACGGACGCGCAGCCUCAAGAUGUCCCCGUAGAGGGCAAAGGGAGGGCCGCCGCGGACGCGGUGAAUCGGCAGAUAAAAAAGGAAGUUAGCACUGGGAGCUCGUAUAGGAACGAAUUCAGAGCCUACACAGACGUGAAGCCCGUCAAGGCCAUCCGAGCCAAGUUCCAGUACCACCCCCCCGACGAGAGGGCCUGCCUGGAGACCAGCUACAGCGCCACCUACAGGGGCGAGCAGGGCAAGCAGGACGGGGACCCCCGAGCCCAGGACCACAGGAGGAUACGGAGCCUUUACAGCGAGCCCUGCAAGGAGGCCAGCAAAGGCUUUGCUGAGGCUGACAGCAGCUCGCUUGUAGAUCCGCUGUUCUGUCAGGUGGACAAGCCCAGCGUCCCCCGGGCCAAGGUCAAAAAGGCGACGUCGUCGGGCCACGGCAAAGCAACGAAGAAGGCCAAGGAGAAGCAGCCCGUGUCUGUGCGCGGCGCCAAGAAAAAGGCGUCGGAAAACCGGCCAGAGCCCAAACCAGAGGAGGGGGACAAGGAGAAAAGGUCGUGCUAAAACACUACAUACAGCUCUGUCAGCCAAUCCAAGACAUUGUUUGGGUUCAGACGUUAAAACAGCAUCUAUGGCGCUGUACGCUAUCCAAUGCAAGGUAAUCCAAUCAUUUAAAAACAUUCAUGUGUGAAUUUGAAAUGUGCAUUAAGAUAAAUCUUUUUUUUUUUAAACAGUAUACUUUUAUUGUCACGCUAUUUCGAUGUAACUUUGUUUGCUUUAGUUUUUAUUGCAGAAUUACUUAGCAGGAUACAGGAAGCCCCGAGGCUAAAUCUUUUAUAAUCCGAGCAGUGAUGUCAUAUCCUUGCUGGAGCCUAUUUCUCUUCCAUAUGGAACCUUGAUGAAACAUUUGAUUGUUAGUCUGAAUGCUUGUGGCUGGGUAUUUCUUUUCUUGUUGUUGUUGCCUAUUUUAGUUUCCUGCCCCUCCUACCCCCGCCCUCUUUCCGAGGGGAUCAUGGGAAUUGCAGUUAACUGUUAGCCGUGCCACUGGGAAAUCACCCCCACCUUCUGUAAAAAUGCCUUUCUCGCGUAUGACAAAAAACUAGGUCAAGGGAAAGCCAAGCGUAAAAUGUCUUGAACGGCGCAUGCUGAUAAGCAAAUCACAUGACAAGCUGUGUUUCUGCUACAUUGCAAGUGUGUAGCUUAACCAUGCAAAAGCAAGCAUAUAAUGUCACAUGGCUAUUAAAGAAUACUGCUGGAAGAAAACAAAUGCUAAAUGCUAAAUGCUAAAGCUGAUUAACUAACGGCUGAAUCAUGGAAAUGCAGACCGUUUCAAUAUCAGUAUUAUAUUUCUGAAAUUAUAUUGUUUGAUUGACCCUGUCUUGUUUGAAUGUGAUUAAAUAUAAUCUGAAUAUGAAUAUGAAUAGUUUUAUCAUAAUUAAUAAAUAUGGUUAUAAUUUUGGGUUUUGUGUAUAAAUUAGAUCCUCUAAUGACAUAUCUCAAAUCUUGUGUUUGGGUGAAAUCUAUAUAUUUUUUUGGUGUGAAGUGGCUCAAUUGCUAUCAACAUUCACUUAAUUCAUUCAGAUUAUAUUUCCCUUCAGUAUUGCUGGUGAUGCCGCAUGAAUGCCCUGUGACAAUUGGCUUACAGUUUCCCUCUCUUGCGUUUGGCUCUUCAAAUCCUAAAUUAUUAAAUUCUUGUCUUUCGUAAAUCUGCAAAUUUAAAUCAUGCUUUGGUUUUGUUUCAGCCAGUUUUUUUUUUCUUACCAUUUGCUGAUGCUUUGGUUUUGAAGCACCAGCUUACCUGUACGGGUGUGGUUUUUGGGGAAUGAUUUGUCAACAAUUAGUCUUACUAAGUUUUAAUUUCUAAUAAAAGCUGGAGGCGCUGCAGUCCUUUGACACAGUUACGAUGCUUCCUGUUUAACAUAUGUAAACAGGAAAUGGCAUGAGCACAGAUGGACACGAACAUAUUCUGGGGCAUAGGCCUCCUGUUCUGAGACAGCGACAGUGCCCUUUUAGCUGCAGAAUUUAUUUAUUUAUUUAUUUAUUUAUUAUUGUGAGCAUAUGCUCCCUGAAAUCUCUGAAGGGCCCUGAACAGGAAGUUAAAGGGUAUCUAUCACUGUCCUAUUCUGUGCAGUUCUGGACCCUCUAGAGUCUUAAAGCACCAGCCAGUCACAGGCCGUUCUGCAGAACUUGUCACAAAUGUGCCGUAAAAAAAAAAAAAAAAACGUUUCAUAUUUAGUCUCUCGUCUCUCUUUUUUUCUUUUUUUGUUUGUAUUUAACUAUGCGCUG